AUGGCAUCGGAAUCUGGUGCGUCAACGGAAAACGUCUUUGCUUAUCGAAAAAUGAACUUUUGUUUGUUGCUAAUAGAUGCUUCCAAUUACGUGGAACUUCCCGGACUCCAGACUCCAACACUCCAACCAGAUCAAUACAAUCACCGUUGCAAGAGUUCCAUACUAGAUGGUCGUAGCUAUCGUGGCGCUGAAAAUGGUAAUAACUUCCAUGAAACAGACCAUUUCAAAGUCCGAGUCAAAAGACCCAUAUAA